AUGAGCCUCGAGGCGGAGCGUCCCCUGCCGUUAUCGCUGUCGGACGCCUCUUUCACGACCUCACCGGCGCUGCAGCUCGGUUCCGAGCGCAGCGUCAGCGAGAUGGAGUUCGACAUGGUGGCGCCGGCACUCACUGCGACGCUGCUGCUGGCAAACACAUCCGAGGUGCCGCUGGGCUACAAGGCCAAGACCAACGCUCCGCGGCGCUGGCUCGUGCGCCCCAACAUUGCAGCCAUCCCGCCAGGCGGCACGCUCCGCGUGAGCCUGUCGCUGCUCGGGCCUCCGGGCAGCCUCCUCGCUGUUAGCUCGCUCAACGAGGACCGGGUGCUGAUCCUCUCGGCGCCGCUCGAGGAGGAGGAGGCGCAUCCGCCGCCUCACGCCGGCGCCGCCGACUCGGGAAGCGGCGUCGACGAGACGUCGUCGUCCUACUUGCCGUAUGAAGAGGCCGGCAAGGACAGCGUCCGGUCCAGCUCGGCGGUGCUUGCGGAGAAGGCGGCCGCGGCGGGGCCGGACGAGGAGGAGGAGGACGAGGCGGCGGCGGCGAGGCGCGAGAGGGCUGUCCGGUGGGCCGUCCGCUUGCUGCCCGCCGCCCGGGACGGCGCGGCCGCAGAGUGGGUCGUCUGGCUGGCGCGGCUCUUCGAGCUCUUCUUCGCGGCGAGCGACGAGCUCGAGCCGUGGCUCAAGUGGAAGGCGUACGACGUGGUGUGGGCCGCGCUGCUGCUGCUGCUCGCGCGCCGCUCGAGGCGGAUCGCGAGGUUACGGGAGGUGCUCGACCUCUGA